AUGGAGAACAACCUGAACUAUGAUGCGGGUUAUUCAUCACCUGGCCCCUCUGAUGCAGUACCAGAACCAUCCCCUGAUGCAGGGGAUACUUGGACACCGACAUAUCCAUCUUAUACAUUCCACACGGACUUGCGGCCAAAGACACAGGACUAUCUUAGUUUACCUUUACCUCCAGCCUCUCAUAAGUCUAUGGCUGACGCAAGGAAGUACCAUACACGUGCUGCGAGAAAAUUAGAAGAAAUGCGUGAAAUGAUUGAGACACGAAAGAAGGUUGCACUCGCAGCAAAGGAAAGAGAGAUAGCGAAUGGUGCUAAGAAGGAUCGUAUCGAGAACAGACGUGGCGGAGGUAAGCCUGAUUCCAAACAACCGCCAAGAGGAAUGAGGGCAAUAAUUCGGUGGAAUAGUUCUAAUUUGCCCGUUGGUCCAUGGUCGACCCGCUUGAAUGCAUAUAUUGGGGUUCUAGUGCGUAGAGCGACCAUUAUCAACCCUUAUUUUCAAUUUCGAGAACUACCAUGGAGCGCAUACGAGGCGAUAUGGACAGCGCUUAUGGACUGCUUCUGCCUUGAGGACUUUGAGGGGGCUUGGAAUUAUGUGUUCAAUGUUAAGGUUGAAGUAGUUCUCAAACAAUGGAGGCAUGAGAUCAAACAUGAAACCUAUGACAGGUAUGAGGAGGACUGGCAGAGGUUUUUAAACCUCGACGCCCGAGUUGACGAGGUUCAUUUCACAGCUCUCCUCAUGUAUUGGGACAGCGAUGCCUCCAAGAAUAAAUCCACGAAGGGGUCAGAAAAUAGAAGAAAGAAGCUGCAUGACCACCACUUGGGCUCACACUCCUAUGCCAAUCUGGAGGAUGUUUAUUGUCAGGAUACGGGAAAAUCAUUAAUGCCAAUACACUUGAGGGCGAAAGCGGCGUAUGGCAUUUUCCGUGAUAGAUAUAGGGGUGAUGAGAAGAAUCGAGAUAAGAUCAAGGCAAAUCUCGAGUUGGUGGAGGGAUUUGAGGCUGCAUCAAAGGAGGCUGCAACUGUGUAUAUGUCGCAGCAGGAGGAACAAUCUGAGCCGGACCCUCACAUGCUUUCUGCAGAGGACAACAUUACUCUCACACAGCAUUUGAUGGGUCAUAAUAUGUAUGGAUGUAGAAAAUUUGAAUCAAUUUGA